AGACGACUUGAAUUAAGUCUAGAAACCGAUUCUUUAUCGAUUCAUCAGGAAAUGUGAACGUCAUAUGGACGGCUACACAAUCAUGGACAUGGAUCCGUAUUCGCGGAUGAUGUACGAAGAUGAUGCCCAACCAAGAACAUUAUAUGUUGGGAACCUUGAUCGACGGGUCACAGAGGAGCUGGUUUUCCACCUCUUUUUACAGAUUGCUCCGUCAAAGACGAAGAGUUGUAAAAUGAUUGCAGAGCAAGGAAAUAGUGAUCCCUACUGUUUCGUAGAAUUCUUCGACAGUGUGACGGCAGAAACAGCCAUGGCAGCAAUGAAUGGCAGGACAGUAUUUGACAAAGUGAGUUUAUAUUCAAUGUCUUUGAAUUGUUUUGGAUAAAUCUUGUUGUAUAUUUGUUU